CACUUCCUUAUUGUAUUUCGCAAAUUCGAGCGCGGUAUGAUUUCGUUUCAUGUGGAAAGGAAAGGCUAGAACCAGCCCGUGUAUAUUUCGUAAAGUUCUGUUUUAGCUGAAAUAAUUAUAUCUGCUGUUAAUUUCAAAAUGAGUGAAGACCCUGACUCUCCUCCCGAAAGGGAAAUGAAGGAUUUUCAGUUCCGGCAAAUGAAGAAAACCCGUGUCUUUGAUUCACCUGAUGACCUGCCGAAGGAUAGGUCAAGUCUGCUCGCCAUCUCCAACAAAUUUGGGCUGACAUUUGUCGGACUAGACAGAAAGAUCAAGGUGUACCUCACGGGGGACAUCCUAGCUUCAGACAAAGUUGAUGGAAACUCCAAUGAAAUAGUUGAGGGGAUAGCAGCCUUAGCUGAUGUUCAUGUGGAGUUGCCUGUGCACAACCUGGGACUCAGCAGUGAUGAGCUCACCCUGUCAGUCAGUGGCAUGUCAGAAGCAUCAGGCCUGUCACUGGCCUUCUAUGACGUCCGCACCUUCAUCAACAAGGCCCGACCGCAGAAGUUGCCAUUUGCGACUCUGCAACUGAGAGCCGGCCUGGGCAUUAUUGUGCAGGACCUCAAAUGGAACCCGGUGCAGGUGUCCAUGCUGGCCACCUGUCUGUCUGACGGCAGCAUGAUGGUGCUGGAGGUCACAGACAGCAUCACAGUGCAGGCCCAGCUACCCGCCACAGCGGGCAUCACCUGUGUAUGCUGGAGUCCCAAAGGAAAGCAAGUAGCAGCAGGAAAAAUGAAUGCAACAGUCAGUCAGUAUACUCCAGGGCUUCAGGAGAAGAAAGUGAUCCCCUGCCCAUGCUUCUACAGCUCUGAUAACCCUGUCAAAGUGCUGGAUGUGCAGUGGCUGAGUACGUUUGUGUUUGCUGUGGCAUAUGCAGCAGCCGACGGCUGUCCAGAAACACCUCCUGAACUGGUGGUGAUCUCCCUCCCUACAAAGACAGAGAAGAGGGAGGAGAGGUACCUGAACUUCAACGACCCGGUGUACGGCACCUGCACAGAGAGACAGCACCACUACUUCCUCAGCCACAUAGAGGACUGGGAUGUUGUUCUUGCCGCAUCAGCAGCCUCCAUUGAAGUCAGUGUCAUCGCCAAGCAAGAAGAUAAGACCAACUGGGAGCUGUGGCUGCUGGAGGAUGCCAGCAGGGGAGAGCUGCCUGUCUCUCAGAAUAACGACGACACGCUGCCCCUGGGCAUGGCCAUCGACUACACCAGCCAGCAGGAGAUCCACAUCACCGAUGAGAAGACUUUGCCCCCGGCGCCCACUCUGUUGCUGCUGUCUACAGACGGAGUGCUGUGCCCCUUUUCACUGCUCAACUUCAACCCUGGGGUCAAGCAGCUGGUCGCUGCCCCCACCAGCCUGGCCCUGGACGGAGAGAGACUGCCCCCUGCAGGAUCUGCAGCUCCCCCACCCCCUUACCCUACCUCCUCUCUCCCAUCAGCCCCGGCGGCGUUCCCUCCGCUCCGCCUCCCCUUGGCCACCACACCAAACCCUCCUCCCCCUGCCUCCUCCCCUGCCUCUGUUUCACUGUUCACCGCAGCCCCAGCUCCAGCCUCCUCAUCCGGCUUCUCGUUCUCCAUGCCCCCCUCUUCCACUGCUCCCCCCGCCUUCUUUCUGGGGGGCUCUACGGCCUUCAGCGCGAGCCCAGCCUUGGGCACCCCGGGUAGCUUCUCCUUCUCCUCCAAGCCCCUGACAGAGACUCCAGCCGCAGCUUUGGCCUUCUCCGUCAGUGCCCCCAAACUUCCAGUGGUCGAAAUGGCUCCAGUUCCGGCCCCCACUCCAAAGCCCAUCCCCCAGCGCCUGGCCACCACCUCCCCCAUCAUGGUGCUCCGAGGCACCCCCGAGCCAACCACUCCCGCUGUGAAGAUGAACCUCAAUGACAGAUUCCUGGCAGUAGAGACCCUUGCUGCAGCUCCAGCCUCCCAGCCCUUCUCCUUCAACUCCACACCCAAAGCUGCCUUCUCUGAGCCCAGCAGCCAUUCCGCUCCUCUGCCCAUAGUCACCAAGUCUGCAGCCAUGCCAGGCCCAGUCCAAACCGGUACACCCCCCACGGUUGUACAGAAAUGUUCCCCAGCCACCCAGACAAGUGCAACCACAACACAGGCAGCGCUGAGUGUGAAUGCCCUGGAAAGGCAGCUGCAGCAGAGGAAGGGCUCAGACCCAGUCAUGGCUGGAAUACUGGAGGAGAUCGCCCACUUCCAGAAGGAGUUGGAUGACCUGAAGGCACGCAGCCACAAGGCAGACUUCAGAGUGGGCACCACAGAGGAGAUGAAGGAGCUGAGGAAGGAGUCUGAGGACCUCCACGUCUUCACCCUGGAGAUCAAAGACACCACUGAGUCUCUCCACGGGGACAUCAGCACUCUGAAGACCACCAUGCUGGAGGGCUUUGCCGGGGCGGAGGACGCAAAGGCCCAGAGUGAGCUCAACAGACACCGGGGCUACCUGCAGCUGCUAUACAAGAAACCACUGGACCCACGCAGUGAAGACCAACUCAAGGAGAUCCGCAGGCUGUACCAGUAUGUAAAGUUUGCUGUGGAGGAUGUGAACGACGUGUUGGAUCUGGAGUGGGAGAAACAUCUGGAGAAGAAGAAGAAACAGAAACACAUGAUUGUCCCAGAGAGGGAGGCUCUAUUCACAGCCCUGGCCAACAACCUGGACAUCAUCAACCAGCAGAAGCAGAGGCUGGACACACUGGUCAAAGACCUCCACGCCCUGCGGCUCUACAACAAGACUGCAGCCUGGAGCACUCCUGCCCCCAGCCAGCCCUGCCAUCCUGCUGCUACCACCCCCACUGAACAGGGUUUGGACAAUGAGCUGGAGAGUUUGAGGGAUGCACUCCUGAAAGCCAGUCUGGAGACCAUUCCCAAGACCACCUCGAAAUCGCCAGCCAAAAUGUCUCCGAUGAAGCAGUCUCAGCUGCGUAACUUUCUCUCCAAGAGGCAGACACCACCAGUCCGCUCCACCGCUCCAGCCAACCUGUCCCGCUCGGCCUUCCUCUCUCCCAAAUACUACGCGGACCUGGACGAUGUGAGCUCCACCUCCUCCCUGUCUCAGGCUCUGGACCCAGAAUACUCCCAUUAUUUUGCGGAGGAAGAACCUGAGCCUGCCCCCCUCCCCAUGCUCCCCCUCUCUAUGCCCCGCCACCCCACGGUGGUACGCACCCCCUCCAUAGCCCCGGGGUUUGGGGCCAUCCAGUCCACUCCCUUCAGCAAGGUGUGCCAAGGCCUGGGCCUCAGCCCCAUCAUGAGCCCAGUUCCAACCAAUAAGAUCAACAUGGGAGGUGCCGACAGCACGGCACUAGCCACUAAGACGGUGAAGCACGGGGCCCCGCCUACUGAGAAGGCCACACCCGCCCCCCUUCCUGCCCAACAGGCUGCUGCCAAAGCUGCUUUCCUCAGACAAAUGGCCAAUCAGAAACCAGCAGUCAGUGGCUCUCUGACAGAGUCCACCCUGAAGACUGUUCCUCAGGUGGUCAACGUACAGGAGCUCAAUGACAAAGGAUUGCCACCGCCUGUCUCCACUGUGAUCAGCUCCUCAGUCCCAGCCCCGGUCGGUCAGGUUGUUCAGCAGGUUUUGGCGACAGUGGCCAACACCAACCAGGCCAAACGAAAUUCUACUCAAGGCAUACUGAAGGUGUCCGCUGAGAGUGUCUGCUCAGCUUCCCCCCAGGGUUUUGUGUUUGGCGGACCCCCUAAAGCUGAUGCCCUAGUCUCCCUGCCCCCCUCCAGCUCAGCCCCGUCACUGGGGGAGCAGAGCAGCAAAGCCUUCUCCUUCAUCGCAGCGUCUGCCGGGGGCUUCAGUUUCUCCUCUGCGCCCCAAGGAGCUCCACCAGUAAAGGAUGUGAGUAAAUUCUCCUUCAGCAGCGCUGGCGGCAGCACAGGCAAGAUGAUGUUUGGCUCCUCUACCGCGGAGGAACCCUUCUCCUUCACCCCCAAAUCCACCUCCCCCGCCCUGGGGGCCAACGGCUCCCCCACCCCUCUUCCCAGCAUGUCAGGCGAGCCUGUGAAGCCCACCUCCAUCACCCCCACCCUCAGAGUGGAGCCCCAAGCCCCCAAGGUGGUAGGAGGAGAGACCCUGGGGAGUUUCUCAGGUCUACGUGUUGGCCAGGGGGACGAAGAGAAGCCCUCAGCAGCCGCAUUUAGCUUUGGUCAGCCGGACAACGGAGCGGCGCUAGGGUUAGGCACGGGGGCAGCCCAGUUUAGUUUUGGGUUGGCCCUCCAGCAAGGGAAGCUAGCUGAGGCUGCAUUUGGUGAGGCAGAUUCUACCCUGACAGACUUAUCCAAGGCUGCAUUUAAGCCUCCCGAACCAGCCGCCCUGUCUGUCACUAAACCUGUGUUCUCCACAUCAGCAGCCACCUCCUUCAGCAGCCUCCUAGCGGCACCCCUCUCUUCCCCCUCAACCACCCUGGAGAAGGAGCACCACAAAACCCCCACCACCCCGGCAGACUCCACUCCAUCCCUAGAGCCUUCUUCCUCACAGCCCAGCCCCUCCGUCAGCCCCCCUAUCGCUGAGCCUGAGGUUACUACCUCCCCAGAGUCAUCAGUCCCCCCACCCCUACCAUCCCUGAAAAAGUCCCAACGCCCCCAGCUCCCCCGCCACCUCUACCACCUCUUUCCCCCUGCCUCCAUCACCCCACCAGCCCAGGCAGCCCCAAGCACCACCCCAGAGCCUGUCCAUGAGUCCACGCCUGCCCCUGAGGCCUCACCACCCGCAAUCACCCCCACCCCAGAGGCCCCACCACUAGCCUACCCGGCCCCCAGCUCGGACAAACCUGGCUCCAUCUUCACCCAGCCACCGGCCGUCAUCGCAGUUAGCACAACUGUAGCCGUCACCAGUCUCACCCCGGUCAUCAACACUGCAGCCCCCGCCUCCACCACCCCUACCAACUCCAACUCUGUAUUUGGGCAGCCCGCUCCAGCCUCAGCAGCUGCCGGAGGCUUUGUUUCCACCGGCUUCGGUGCUCCCCUUGCUACAGGCGCAGCAGCUGGCUUCGGGAAACCCGUAUUCGGACAGACAGUAGGCGGGUUUGGCCAGCCUGCUGCUAAUGUAGCUGGUGGCUUCGGUUUUGGCCAGUCUGCAUUUGGGGCCAACCCCGGAUUUGGACAGCCCGCAGUGGCCUCCCCUGCUGCAGUUGCCAGUACCGCUGCUAGUGGAGGUGGUUUGUUUGGAGCCCUCAGUGUCAGCAAUGCAAGUGGCUUUUCCUUUGGCUCCCCCAGCGCCAGUACUGCCAGCAGUACAGGCACAGGCCUGUUUGGGCAGCCGAGCGCCACCCCGGCCUUCGGGCAGCAGAGUGCUGGAUUUGGACAAGGCUCUGCGUUUGGAAGCAACACCACCACUACAUCCUCCACUGGUUUCAGCUUUGGACAGACUGCAGCUUUCGGAAGCUCCUCCACUACCUCAGUGUUUGGUCAACAGCCCAGUGGUGGGAGUGUCUUUGGACAGCAACCAUCCAGUGGUGGGGGUCUGUUUGGGUCUAGCUCUGCCACGGUAGCAGGCUCCCAGCAGGCAGGGGGAGGCUUCUUCAGUGGCCUGGGGGGGAAACCCAGUGAGGACGCCGCCAACAAGAACCCCUUCGGCACAACCGCCGCCACCGGGGGCUUCAGUCAGCCCAACCAGACAGGAGGACCCACCCUGUUUGGGAACAGCGGGGCCAAAACCUUUGGCUUUGGCUCUCCAGCAUCAACAUUCGGAGGGGGUGAGCAGACGGCCAGUGGGACCUUUAGCACGGGAGGCGGGAGCGUGGCCGCUCAGGGGUUCGGCUCCUUCUCCACCCCUGCCAAACAGACAGGUGGUUUUGGGAGCGCCCCUGUGUUCGGUAGCCCUCCUGCUUUUGGGGGCUCCCCAGCUUUUGGGGGGGCAGCAGCGUUUGGCUCGGCACCCUCUUUUAGCAGUCCCAUGGGCUCCUCAGCCAGCAAGGUGUUUGGAGAGGGAACGGCAGCCGCCAACGUGGGAGGAUUCGGCUUUGCCUCCACUCAACAAAGCACACCGUCGUUUGGUGCACUGGCCAACCAGAGUGCCCCGUCCUUUGGUAACCUGGCCCAGCAGCAGCAGGGGUCAGGGUUCGGAGCUCCUCAGCUCAGCGGCUUCUCUGCGUUCGGACAGCAGGGAGGAGGAGGCUUUGGGUCUGCUGGUGGAUUUGGGUCCAAUCAAUCUUCUCAAAUGUUUGGAGCCAGUUCGGGUUGGAGAAGCUAGUUUUUGUAGACCCCACCCCCCAUUGGCAAGUGCAGCCAUGCUGUGUGUGGCCAGUCAACACUGCUCUCUGCAAUCAAGCUCUCUGAGUAGACGUCUGUUAAAGGGGGAAGGGUGGGUGGGGUGGUUGAGAUGACAGUCCAAAACUAGUUGUAUAGUAUGGAACUGACCUUACAGACCAUCGCAAUAAGCUUACGUGAAGUACAUCAGUGGCCAACUACAAUGUGGAAUGUGUAGUUGGAUUAAUUAAUUGGCAUUUUGUUUAUCAAUUUUUAAAAAUCAGUACAGUAAUUAUUUAUUAAGUUUAACAUCCACUAGGAAACAUCUCUAAGGGCACCUAAUGUAGCAAAAUAAAAUAAAAAGUUUUGGUCAUAAUUCAAUAAUGUAUCAUGAACUUUCUUGGAAUAACACCUGUAUUCAUAUGACAGAAUACUGUUUGUAUAUAUCUGUUAUCCACUGUGGACUGUAACUCUAGUGUAGAUUUAUGUUCAUCCAUCUGGACUUUGCUUUGCUCUAUAAAAUAGUAAUGAAGCCUUGUUGUUUGCACUUUGAAUCAGGGAAAAGUUCUAAGCUUUCAUUUGAAGUUUUAAGAUAUCAUAUUUUCCAAGCUUUAGCAAUUAUGGUAAGAAACAUGUCCUCUGUUUCUCAAAACUCGUGUAUUUUCUUAGCAAAGAAAGUUUUUAUGUUUUAUACUGUAAUCAGUAACUGACUCUAGGCAAGACUUGGACAGGUCGUUGAUAAAAGUAUCCUCUCUUGAUUGCAUACAAUGAACUGAAAUAUUAGGAAAAAAUGUAUGCUGCUUUUUAAAAUCCAUACUGCUGGAACCCCCUAUUCCUAUAAAUGUGUAUAUUUUAUACAUGGAAAAUGGGAAAUAAACUUGGCAAUUCUAAAAUCUGUAUCUAAUGUAGUCCCUUUCUUUUUUUUGGCAUCCUACUGAUGAUGAGCACUAAUUGAUCGCCUGUGUUGUUUUAAUGAUGACAGCCUCUGGCUAUUUUCCUCUUGCCUUUGUGUCUGGCUGUGUGCUUAUUAAACAGAGAUUUCAUUUACGAUUAGCCUACUGUUUAAAAGGCCCAACAAUUAGACCUCUGGACUAAAUGUUGAUGUAUUUAAUGAGUCAACCUUUGAUUAAGAGUAUUUGAGUCAUUAGUCCAGAGAAAAGAGGUGCUGAGGGGUUUUGUCUAUGGCAUUAGCAGGCCGGUUAAUGUAAUAAAUGUAAUCAUUUUAACGCAGCAUGGAGAAAGGUAAGGAAGCUCUGGGCUAUGUUUAGACAGUGAUGGGGGCUUUGCUAGCUGCUAAUUAGCAUACCAUCUUUGACGUGGAGCAGCCUUCGUAUGGUUUUGUAGCCCUCUCCUUCAAGGAAUUCACUGGCCCUUAUUAAUUAAUAGACAUUUGGAUGUAAGCCUAAGACAUUGCAGGAAUGAGGGUAUAUUGAAUAGAGGGGUGCUGGUCUUGUGUAGUGGCAUCUUUUCUUUGGCAUGUGGCUGUCAUCAGAUUGCCAUCAAUGGUCACCGCCAUGGAGAAUGUCACUGUCGCCCUGUCCCCUCUGGUGUGCCUGGCGAUGGAUGGAAAUGUUGCAGGCCCGCUGGCCCUGCCAAUCAGACACUGAAGUGGUUGGGGAAUGUUGGGUUCACAACAUGUGACCAAGAGUCCUCGCUUCCCACUGUAACAGUGGAAUUCUCCUCCCAGGCCCGCUAUGAUAUGAUUGGUCACACACACUGUUUUCAGGGCAGCUAAUAUUAGAGAUGGUAUUAGUGGUGGGCAAGACUAGAGAGAGGGAGUUACAUUUGUAUUGGGCUUCUGGAUGUUUUUCUACCGCUUGUCCUUCAUACUGAUGUAUGUUUUCCCGGUUCAGGGAGGCACAGUGCGUGUGUGAAAUGUGAAUCAUAGGUAUACAUAUGUGGAAUAGCUGAUACGUUUUGAUGACUCACUUGGCAAUGCAUUAUAGAUUUUGCGACGCAGCCUGUCAUGGAGCUAAAACUCUGCACUGUUGUGAUUUGUAGCUAAAGAGGUUAAGCUGAAGAGGUUUUCAGCACAGUACCCUCUCUCCUUCCCGCAAUUGACUCAUUUGAACACGUCAAGGACCGUCUACUUGGUGUUGUAGCUGUGCAGCACUGAUUCAUACUCCCGUGUCAUGUUGUGCUCAACAAUGACAACUCCGAGUGCAGCACUGUCUUCUCUCUCUUUUCUCGCCGUCAGUGCAUGGCUCUGGCAGAGGGAGCAGGCCAGUCACACAGACACUCGUGGGGAUGGCAGCUGUUUGAGGAAUCCAGAUAAAAAGAACCAUUCUGUUUCUCUCUACCUCUCUUUUUACGGAGGGAUGAUUGGCAUUGUUCUCGCUGCUUUGUCAGUCCGGCCUUCACAACUCACUGGCUCGUCUACAAGCCGUCUGAGACUGUAAUGCAGUCAACCUGCUGAAGUGAUGUGUGGGGGGUCAACCUAUGUUAAUUUACCCAAAGACAUUCUAUGUAGUAUUUAGAGCUAUAAGCCCUGAAAGGACUUACUUGCUUUACAACCCGUUCAUCCCUGGAGAAUUGGAAUUGAUUGUCUUCACACAAAAAAACUAUUUUUGAGGGGGGUGACAGAGGCACGGGUGCCAGAUGAUCCAGUGGGGUCCCCUAAUCCAGGAGGAAACAAAAUGGUGUGUUUUCAAGUUGAGAACAAACCUGCUACAGUUGAUAAUGGAUGCCAGUGCAGCCAUGCCGUGUCUAACACCGAUGUUUCUGUGCUUUCACAGACCAAGAUGGCCUGGACAACAAUAAAGAAUAUACCCUUUUUGUCAUUUUUUUGGAGAGGGUUUUCUGUUUUUGAUUUUUUGCCUACAAAAAUGUUUGAUAUGAAAGUUUUGUCCACAGUGUCUGUUUUAAACAUGUAUUGUUUGUUUACUCACAGUAAAAGAGCUUAAUAAAACUCUAAUUUGA